AUGCCUGUUCACCAUCUCAUGGUCGGCACCUGGACCCCUCCAGGCGCCAUCUUUACUUUUGCUUUUGACGACGAGGCUCUUACUCUCAAGCUUGUCAAGAGAACUGAGAUUCCCCAAGAUGAGCCUAUCUCAUGGAUGACUUUCAGUCAUGAUAAGAAAGCCAUAUAUGGCGCUGCCAUGAAGAAGUGGUCUAGUUUCGCUGUUGAAUCGCCAACAUCUAUAACUCAUCAAGUUUCACACCCAAUGGAACACGAUCCCAAUGCUUCUCUUGCGACAACCAAUACCCGCGCCAUCUUCCUCCUGGCUGCCAACAAGCCUCCUUACGCCGUCUACUGCAACCCAUUCUACGACCACGCCGGUCACGGCGCCGUCUUCACCACAGACAAUACCACAAAGGCUCUCAAAGAGAAUGUUCAAAAUUACCCCUACCAGCCUAACACUGGCAUCCACGGCAUGGUCUUUGACCCCGAGGAGGAGUAUCUUUACUCUGCCGACCUUCGCGCUAACAAGAUCUGGACCCAUCGCCGCCUCAGCAAAGACGAUCCCUCACUUGAGCUAGUGGGAUCUGUAGAUUGUGCUGAUGAAAAAGACCAUCCUCGUUGGGUAGCUAUGCACCCUACAGGCAACUACCUCUACGCCCUCAUGGAAAAGGGCAACCGUAUCUGCGAAUAUGUUAUCGACCCUGAUACUCAUCUCCCUGUUUACACCCACAAGCACUACCCUCUGAUUCCUCCUGGGAUUCCCGAUAGAUGGACACAGUACCGUGCUGAUGUUUGCGUUCUAUCGUCGUCGGGCAAAUAUCUCUUCGCCUCGUCCCGCGCAAACUCGUUCGACCUGACAGGUUAUGUCGCCGCUUUCAAGUUGUCCGACACAGGAGCCAUUGAACGCCAGAUCUGCCUCAACCCUACACCAACAAGUGGUGGUCACAGCAAUGCAGUUGCACCUUGCCCCUGGACAGAUGAGUGGGUGGCCAUCACGGACGACCAGGAGGGCUGGCUUGAGAUUUACCGUUGGCAAGGCGAGUUCCUUGCCCGUGUCGCAAGAGUUAGGACACCAGAGCCUGGGUUUGGUAUGAAUGCCAUCUGGUAUGAUUGA